UUCCUCAUUGCCAUGAAACCUGGGUUUUUCCAUGCUGUGUAUGUUAUAUUCUUCCUUAUGUAUCUGUUGAGCCAUAACAUCAACAGAAAGAUACGCAAGUCCUUGAUUCUACUAUGCGAAGUUCAUUUUGCACUUUUGUACAUUCUUGAGAUCGACCUCGUGUCGAACUCCUUAAAGCAGAAAGGCUCUGUGAGCAAGGAAAUUCUAUUUCAGUUAGGUCUCCUUAGGUCUGAAAGCUCCUGGGACUUCUUGGAGAUAGCCUUGCUUGCUUGCUUCUGUGCUAUCCAUAAUCAUGGUUUUGAGGUGUUAUUUUCCUUCUCAGCAAUUGUACGGCAUACACCAAGUCCUCCAAUUGGAUUUAGCAUAUUGAAAGCUGGUCUCAACAAAUCAGUCCUCUUGUCCGUCUAUUCGUCUCCAUCUUCAAGUUAUAGCCUGGAUAAUACUACUUAUGAGAGACAUAUUGCUUCAUUUCUGAGUGCAAUUGGGCAGAAGUUUCUGUCUAUGUACCGAUCAUGUGGAACAUACAUUGCUUUCAUCACUAUUCUCAUAAGUGUAUACCUGGUCAAACCCAAUUAUGUAUCAUUUGGGUAUAUUUUCCUUCUCUUGCUCUGGGUUACUGGAAGACAACUGUUUGAAGAAACUAAGAGACGCUUGUGGUUCCCUUUGAAAGCAUACGCAGUUUUGGUGUUUAUGUUUAUCUACUGCUUAAGUAGCUUUGUCAGCUUGCAGCUUUGGUUAUCUGGAUUCAUUGAUCUCUACUUUUAUUUGGGUUACGACUCCAAAGCACCAUUGCUGGAUAAUGUCUGGGAAUCUCUUGCUGUGUUGAUCGUGAUGCAACUUUACAGCUAUGAAAGGAGGCAGAGUGGACACUACAUUCCAGGUCAAUCUCGUUUGCUUCAUCCUGGAGUUUUUGGUUUUUUUGAGAGAUUUUUGGUAUGGCAUGGUCAGAAGAUCUUGUUCGCGGCAUUGUUUUACGCAUCAUUGUCUCCGAUUAGUGUGUUUGGAUUUGUAUAUCUCCUUGGCCUUGUCAUCUGCACAACCUUCCCAAAGUCUUCUUCAAUACCGUCCAAAUCAUUUUUGAUUUAUACUGGAUUUUUGGUGUCUGCGGAGUAUCUUUUCCAACUGUGGGAUAGGAGGAGGAUUCUUGCAUUGAAGAAGGAGAGGUUUGAAACACAGAAGAAUCUGUUGAAAAUUUACUUGAAGUUUUGGAUAGAGAAUAUGUUUAAUCUCUAUGGCCUUGAGAUAAACAUGAUUGCACUGCUUCUUGCGAGUUUUGCUUUGCUGAAUGCCAUCUCCAUGGUAUAUAUUGCACUGCUUGCUGCAUGUGUCCUCUUGAGAAGACGCCUAAUUCAGAAACUAUGGCCUGUCGUUGUUUUUCUGUUUGCAUCAAUUCUCGCAAUUGAGUACGUUGCCACAUGGAAUAGCUUUUUGCCUUCAGAUCAGGCCCCAAUUGAAACUAGUGUGCAUUGCCAUGACUGCUGGAGUAUUGCAGCUCUCUACUUUAAGUUUUGCCGGGAGUGUUGGCUUGGGCUGAGAGUUGACGACCCCCGGACACUUAUUAGCUAUUUCGUGGUAUUCAUGCUUGCCUGUUUCAAACUUCGGGCUGAUCACAUAUCCAGUUUCUCAGAGUCGUCGACAUAUCAUCAGAUGAAGUCUCAAAGAAAGAACUCAUUUGUCUGGAGAGAUCUCUCCUUCGAGACAAAGAGCAUGUGGACUGUGCUUGAUUACCUGAGGCUUUAUUGUUACGUCCAUCUGCUGGAUGUUGUACUCAUUCUGAUUCUAAUCACAGGAACUCUUGAGUAUGACAUUCUACAUCUGGGUUAUCUUGCAUUUGCGCUUGUUUUUGCCCGAAUGCGACUGGAAAUACUGAAGAAGAAAAACAAAAUAUUCAGGUUUUUGCGGGUGUACAAUUUUGUUCUCAUCAUCUUUUCUCUCGCAUACCAGUCUCCCUUUGUUGGAAACUUCAAUGAUGGAAAAUGUGAAACAGUUGAUUAUAUAUACGAGGUGAUUGGAUUUUACAAGUAUGACUAUGGAUUUCGAAUCACUGCAAGAUCUGCUCUCGUUGAGAUCAUCAUAUUUAUGCUAGUAUCUCUUCAGUCCUACAUGUUUUCCUCCCAGGAGUUUGAUUAUGUCUCGCGGUAUCUUGAAGCAGAGCAAAUCGGUGCUAUUGUGCGGGAGCAAGAGAAGAAAGCAGCACGGAAGACCGAGCAACUGCAACAAAUUCGUGAGGCUGAGGAAAAAAAACGGCAGCGGAAUUUGCAGGUGGAAAAGAUGAAAUCUGAAAUGCUGAACCUGCGGGUACAGCUUCACAGAAUGAAUUCUGAUUCUAAUUUUGGAGUUGCUUCUCCGCGCACUGAAGGUCUAAGAAGGAGAAAGAGUCCGUAUCUUAUUUCAGAUAGUGGCGCAGCCAGUCCUGAGAUUGACGGAGUGGUCCACAAGAAAGAAGAGCAGCUUAUUGACGAGGAUUCACUGUAUCCUUUUGAAGCUCAUGAGUUUCCUAUGAGUACCACUCCAGAAGCACCAGAUUCUCCACAGUGUUCAUUUGGAGCAUCUCCUUGUGAGAUAACUGAAGUUCAACAGGAUCUUGAUGUGAUGUCUAUGGAACGUGAAAGAAAGGAAAAGUCUGAAGGAAAGGAGAAUCCGUUGAUUUCUGCGGUGCAACUCAUCGGUGAUGGUGUUUCUCAGGUACAAUUUAUUGGAAAUCAGGCAGUAAAUAACCUUGUGAAUUUCUUAAACAUCUCACCGGAAAAUUCAGAUACAAAUGAGCAGUCCUCUGUUGAUGAUGAGGUGUAUGAUGAGAUGGAAAGUCAGAAAAGAAAACACACACCUUUUGAACGGUCAACAUCUCUACAGUCUGACAGGAGUAGUGAUGGCACUAGCUUUCAGAUAGGAAGGAUCCUUCGACAUAUUUGGUCUAGGAUGCAGUCCAAUAACGAUAUUGUCUGCUACUGCUGCUUCAUUAUUGCGUUUCUGUGGAACUUCAGUCUGCUUUCCAUGGUCUAUCUAGCAGCACUGUUCCUAUAUGCCCUCUGCGUUCACACUGGUCCUACUCACAUCUUCUGGGUCAUCAUGCUAAUGUACACAGAAAUUUAUAUCCUGCUCCAGUAUUUAUACCAGAUUAUAAUCCAGCACUGUGGUUUAAGCAUUGAUGCACCUCUUCUUCAUGAAUUGGGAUUUCCAACGCAAAGAAUCAAAUCAUCAUUUGUUGUCAGCUCGUUGCCUCUGUUCCUUAUUUACAUCUUUACGCUCAUACAGAGUGCUAUAACAGUAAAGGAUGGUGAUUGGGUUCCUUCUGCAGAUUUUACUUCACGCCGGAAUGCCCGUGGUAGCCAGAAGGAUCUUACAAGAAUUAGCUGGAGCGAGAGAAUCUAUGAUGUGUUCAAGAAGCUAAGAGAUAGUGUCAAAUUGGUGAUCAGAAGCAUCUGCCGAUAUUGGAUAUCUCUGACACGUGGAGCAGAAUCCCCUCCUUACUUUGUUCAGGUGACAAUGGAUGUUCACAUGUGGCCUGAAGAUGGAAUUCAGCCUGAAAGAAUUGAAUGUAGAAUGAAUCAGUUGCUUAGGCUUGUUCAUAAUGAGAGAUGCGAGAAGGGAAACCCUGAUCUCUGCCCUUACUCUAGCAGGGUUCAUGUACAAAGUAUAGAGAGGAGUACAGAGACCCCAAACGAGGCCUUAGUUGUUCUAGAGGUUGAGUAUGCUUCUCCCACGAAUGGGUGUUCUUCUGCAGAAUGGUACAAAUCACUUACCCCAGCCUCUGAUGUGGCGAAAGAAAUUCGUAAAGCUCAACAUAGUGGACUUGUUGAAGGAACUGGAUUUCCUUACCCCAUUCUCUCUGUGAUUGGUGGAGGAAAGAGAGAAACUGACCUCUAUGCCUACAUAUUUGGUGCUGAUCUGAUCGUCUUCUUUCUGGUUGCCAUUUUCUACUCAUCAGUCAUAAAAAAUAAAAGCGAGUUUAUUGAUGUAUAUCAGCUAGAAGACCAGUUCCCAUUUGACUUUGUCAUUAUAUUAAUGGUUAUCUUCUUCCUAAUUGUUGUUGAUCGGGUCAUCUAUCUUUGCUCAUUUGCGACUGGAAAAGUGGUAUACUAUCUCUUCAGUCUUAUUCUCUUCACGUAUGCAGUUACAGAGUAUGCUUGGAGCAUAUAUCCUACCCAGCAACACGCUGCUGGCUUGGCCCUCAGAUUGAUAUUUCUUGCCAAAGCAAUGUCGCUAGCUCUCCAGGCCAUACAAAUCCGCUAUGGACUACCUCAUAAAAGCACCUUGUAUCGGCAGUUUUUGACAAGUGAAGUUUCACGGAUCAAUUACUAUGGUUACAGACUUUACCGUGCUCUUCCUUUCCUGUAUGAAUUGAGAUGUGUACUUGACUGGUCUUGCACAGCCACAUCACUGACAAUGUAUGACUGGCUCAAGUUGGAAGAUGUAAAUGCGAGUUUGUACCUUGUCAAAUGCGAUACAGUUUUAAAUCGAGCAACACAUAAACAUGGGGAGAAACAAACAAAAAUGACUAAAUGCUGCAACGGGAUAUGUCUGUUCUUCAUCUUGUUAUGUGUUAUCUGGGCUCCUAUGCUGAUGUAUAGCAGUGGUAAUCCAACAAACAUUGCCAAUCCUAUAAAAGAUGCGAGCGUUCAGAUUGAUUUGAAAACAGUCGGCGGAAAGCUUACUUUGUACCAAACAACCUUAUGCGAGAGAAUCUCAGGGGAUAACAUUGAUCUCGGGCUAGAUCUCGGAUCCCAAAGCUUCUUGCCAACAUACAACAAAAAUGACAUCCAGCUGAUAUGCUGCCAAGCUGAUGCAAGUGUUUUAUGGCUUGUCCCUGACACAGUUGUGACCAGAUUUAUUCAGUCCCUUGACUGGGACACAGAUAUGGACAUCACCUUUUCAUGGGUUCUUAACAGAGACCGACCCAAAGGCAAAGAAACUGUAAAAUAUGAAAGAAGUGUCGACCCUCUGGACCUUCCAAAACGCUCUGAUAUACAAAUGGUUCUCAACGGAUCAAUGGAUGGAUUUAGAGUGCAUAAUUUGUACCCAAAGUUCUUCCGUGUUACCGGUUCUGGCGAUGUCAGGUCUUUCGAGGAUCAGAAGGAUGAAGUGAGUGCAGACAUACUCAUGAACCAUGCAGAUUUCAAGUGGUGGUGGUCAUUCCAUAAUCUUAAAGCUUCUGAAAAUAUCAGCGCUUGCGAGGGUAUGGACGGACCAGUUGCUAUCAUAAUGUCUGAGGAAACACCCCCACAGGGCUUUCUGGGUGACACCCUCAGCAAAUUCAGUAUAUGGGGACUCUAUAUAACAUUUGUACUAGCCGUAGGGCGAUUCAUCAGGCUUCAGUGCUCUGACCUGCGUAUGAGAAUACCUUACGAGAACUUGCCUUCGUGUGACAGAUUAAUAGCCAUAUGCGAGGAUUUAUAUGCGGCAAGAGCAGAGGGUGAGCUUGGAGUAGAAGAAGUUCUAUACUGGACGCUUGUGAAGAUAUAUAGAUCCCCGCACAUGCUGCUUGAGUAUACAAAGCUAGACUACGAUGCUUAGGUCCAACAAGUCUCUAACAGUAUAGAAACACUUUGUUAUAUUUGUACAUACUGAGAGAAUGGUUCUGAGGGAUUUUUUGUUUCUUCUUCUUCUCAUCAUCUUUUAGUUGAUUGUUGUAUUGUAAGAGCGAUUCAUGUAGGUAUGACAUAAUGAAAAGAUAAUUUAUUAGAGAAUUUAACUCUUAAA